AUAGUAGUCAAGUCAUUAACGGCGAUAAUAGCAAAGUCAGUAAUAGUAUUAUCACCAGCAAUAUCAGUCAAGUCAGUAAUAUUACUGCCACCGAAAAUAACAAUAAAGCGGAUAAUGAUAAAAUGAGCAACAAUAACGGUAACGAAAUCGAUUCAACGGAACAACCAGAAGGAGCUGCCGUAAUCCCGGACAGCGUAAUCCCGGGCGUAAGUGGACGUAGUCGUAAACGCAGAAACGGGAAAGGACAAGGACGUCGUGUACGCCGAAGAAAGGGGCGAAGUGACGUUCGUGAUCAAGAUCAACCUCAAACUGCCAUUGCUAAUACAGAAGAUGUAAAGGAGCAUCCUGUUGAAGAUGCGAGCAAUGUAAACAAACGUCGUAAGAUUGUUUCUGAAAACGAUGAUGAGAGUCUUGCGAUGAAUGUUGACGGAAACGAGGAGGUUGUACCAAUGGAGGACCUUAAUUCAGAUAAUGUAAAUGCGAUGACGGAACCACUUUCAAAUACGGAACCACCUUCAAGUACGGAACCACCUUCAAUUACGGAACCACCUUCAAGUACGGAACCACCUUCAAUUACGGAACCACCUUCAAUUACGGAACCACCUUCAAUUACGGAACCACCUUCAAUUACGGAACCACCUUCAAUUACGGAACCACCUUCUAUUACGGAACCACCCUCAAGUACUAGAGCACCAGCCCGUGCUAAAUCUCGAAAUUCUCGCGGUAAGAAACGAGCACGAAAUAAUCGUAAAAAUUCGUCUCGAAAGUCCCGAGGCAAGCGCGGUCGACCUAAUGUGGCACCUGGGACAAGUCGAACCGAAGACUCGCGCAUUAGUGAUCAAGAUGAACAACUUGAAUCGAU